GAUUGUGUAGUUUUGAUGGAGCCCCCUUUGAGCAAGAGGAACCCGCCAGCGCUGAGAUUAGCGGAUUUGGCAACGGCUCAGGCCAGGCCGCUUCAGAAUAUGACAGGCUUCCCGGCGCUGGCCAGCCCGCCCGCCCACUCCCAACUCCGCGCCACAGCCACGCACCUCCACCCUCGGGACCUGAGCGCUGACCCUGGCGUGGCCAUCACUCCGCUCGGACCCGAGCACAUGGCCCAGACCAGGGCGCUCGGCCUCAGACCUCCCUGCCGGGCGCUCCCGGCACAGCCCGCCGCCCGCGCUGCAGCCUCGGUCUCACACCCCGGCGCCAGCACCUACCCCGGUGGCGGGGACAGCGGCCGCGCGCAGCCUUCCGCGCCCCCGCCCCCAGCCCCUCCUCUUCCUCCCUCCCCUUCACCCCCUCCUCCCCCUCCCCCUCCUCCUGCCCUCUCGGGCUACACCACCACCGACAGUGGCGGCGGCGGCAGCAGCGGCAAAGGCCACAGCAGGGACUUCGUCCUCCGGAGGGACCUUUCCGCCACGGCCCCCGCGGCGGCCAUGCACGGGGUCCCUCUUGGAGGGGAGCAGCGGUCUGGCACGGGCUCCCCCCAGCACUCGGCCCCGCCUCCUCACUCGGCCGGCAUGUUCAUCUCGGCCAGCGGCACCUACGCGGGCCCGGACGGUAGCGGCGGCGGGGGCCCGGCGCUCUUCCCCGCGCUGCACGACGCUCCGGGAGCCCCCGGCGGCCACCCGCACCCGCUCAACGGCCAGAUGCGCUUGGGGCUGGCGGCGGCCGCGGCGGCCGCGGCGGCCGAGCUGUACGGCCGUACCGAGCCGCCCUUCGCGCCGCGCUCGGGGGAUGCGCACUACGGGGCAGUGGCGGCCGCGGCAGCCGCCGCCCUGCACGGCUACGGAGCCGUGAACUUAAACCUGAACCUGGCGGCGGCGGCGGCUGCCGCGGCAGCCGGGACGGGGCCCCACCUGCAGCACCACGCGCCGCCCCCGGCGCCGCCGCCGCCGCCGCCGCCGCCGCCGCCGCCGGCGCCCGCGCAGCACCCGCACCAGCACCACCCCCACCUCCCAGGGGCGGCCGGGGCCUUCCUGCGCUACAUGCGGCAGCCAAUCAAGCAGGAGCUCAUCUGCAAGUGGAUCGACCCCGAGGAGCUGGCCGGGCCGCCGCCGCCACCGCCACCGCCCCCGGCCGGCGGCGCCAAGCCCUGCUCCAAAACUUUCGGCACCAUGCACGAGCUGGUGAACCACGUCACGGUGGAGCACGUGGGCGGCCCCGAGCAAAGCAACCACGUCUGCUUCUGGGAGGACUGUCCGCGCGAGGGCAAGCCCUUCAAGGCCAAAUACAAGCUCAUCAACCACAUCCGCGUGCACACGGGCGAGAAGCCCUUUCCCUGCCCGUUCCCGGGCUGCGGCAAGGUCUUCGCGCGCUCCGAGAACCUCAAGAUCCACAAGCGCACUCAUACAGGGGAAAAGCCUUUCAAGUGUGAGUUUGAUGGCUGUGACAGGAAAUUUGCCAACAGCAGCGAUCGGAAGAAACAUUCCCAUGUCCACACGAGCGACAAGCCUUACUACUGCAAGAUUCGAGGCUGUGACAAGUCGUACACACACCCCAGCUCUCUGAGGAAGCACAUGAAGAUUCACUGCAAGUCCCCACCGCCUUCUCCAGGGGCCCUUGGUUACUCAUCAGGGGGGACUGCAGUGGGUGCCCCCUUGUCCCCCAUGCUGGACCCAACCAGGAGUCGCUCUAGCACUCUGUCUCCUCAGGUGACCAACCUCAAUGAGUGGUACGUUUGCCAGGCCAGUGGAGCCCCCAGCCACCUUCACACACCUUCCAGCAACGGAACCACUUCCGAGUCUGAAGACGAAGAGAUGUACGGGAACUCCGAAGUUCCGCGGACGAUACAUUAG